UGAAAAGAGGCUUUGCUGCUCUGAUUAACAGCACUGGCAAGAACAUUAACUCACUUUUCUUUGGAAAUGAAAAGCACCUCUCCUGGAGAGUUUAAGGGAUUAGGUACCUGCUGGAAUAUUAAGGUAUUUCAUGGAGACAUUCCUUCAUGCCACAUGCUGUCUGUGAGUGCUAGCAUCGCAGCUCUCUGCAGUGCCACCUGAAACCAUACCAGCUGGACGCAGCAAUGGGGGACUCUCCAACAAAUGCCACAGAUGGAGGCACAGACAUGUGCUGCAAAGACACACAGACUGAACUGGCAGAGCGGGUAGCAGCCAUAGACGUGGCUGUUGGCCCAGACAGAAGUGACCAAAAUGGUGAAGACAACACAGAAGAAAAUGACACAGUCUUUUCUGAUAACAUAAAAGACAUACAAAGAAAUGGAGUCAACAGUGACAUGGGAGUGAAUGAAUUUCUGCCUUCCCAAAGGCCAGAAGAUGCUCACUGCAGGCAUGUUCCCAAGAGACCUCUCACUAGACCUGGCCUGUCAAGUAGGAAGUUGUCUCUACAGGAAAGAUCAUCAGGAGGCUAUUUGGCUUCUAGCAACACUUCAGGUUAUGGCCCUUAUGCCACAGGGCCAUCACCACGUAUAAUGAGGAGACCAACAAUAGAGUCUAAUCGGGUUUCCAUAUCAGAUUCUGAGGACUGUGUGCAGUUAAACCAGUAUAAGCUGCAGAGUGAAAUAGGCAAGGGUUCCUAUGGUGUUGUGAAACUGGCCUACAACGAGAACGAUGACAAGUAUUACGCUAUGAAAGUCCUCUCCAAAAAGAAGCUCUUGAAGCAGUAUGGAUUUCCACGUCGGCCUCCUCCUAGAGGGUCAAAAGCAUCUUCUGGAGAGCAGCCAAAACCCAUGGCACCACUGGACAGAGUCUAUCAGGAAAUAGCCAUCUUAAAGAAACUGGACCACGUCAACAUCGUGAAGCUGAUAGAGGUCCUUGAUGAUCCUGCAGAGGACAACUUGUACAUGGUGUUUGACCUCCUGAGGAAAGGGCCUGUCAUGGAGGUACCAAGUGACCAUCCCUUCAGUGAGGAGCAGGCUCGGCUCUACUUCCGAGAUAUCGUCUUGGGCAUCGAGUACUUGCACUACCAGAAGAUCAUUCACCGGGACAUCAAGCCUUCCAACUUGCUCUUAGGAGACGAUGGACAUGUCAAAAUUGCUGAUUUUGGAGUCAGCAAUCAGUUUGAAGGGAACGAUGCCCAGCUUUCCAGCACGGCAGGGACACCAGCAUUCAUGGCACCAGAGGCCAUUUCAGACACUGGCAAAAGUUUCAGUGGAAAGGCACUUGAUGUAUGGGCCAUGGGAAUUACCCUGUACUGCUUUGUUUACGGGAAGUGCCCUUUUAUAGAUGAAUAUAUUCUGGGUCUUCAUAACAGGAUCAAGAACAAGCCUGUAGAGUUCCCAGAAGAAGCACAGAUAAGCGAAGAGCUGAAGGAACUCAUCCUACGCAUGCUCGAUAAAAAUCCAGAAACAAGGAUAACAGUCCCUGAAAUUAAGGUGCAUCCGUGGCUAACGAAGGAUGGCGAGGAGCCCCUGCCACUGGAGGAAGAGCACUGUACUGUGGUGGAGGUGACAGAGGAGGAGGUGAAGAACUCUGUGAAGACUAUUCCAAGUUUGCCAGCUGUGAUCCUAGUGAAGGCCAUGCUAAGAAAACGCUCCUUUGGAAAUCCAUUUGAGGCUCAGACGAGGCGGGAGGAGAGGUCCAUGUCUGCUCCAGGGAACUUGCUGAUAAAACAAGGGAGCAGAGAAGGAGGCAGGGACCCGGAGCUGCCCGACGUGUGUGAAGAUGAAGCUACAUCCUGAAGCUGCCUGGCUGUCGCAGGCUGGUCGCUCACGUGCUGCUGCUGUUGUACCCAUCGUGGUGUUGUCUAGCACACAUCUGCCCUCAUCGCCAAGUCCGGGGCCUGCAAAUUUAAAAAAUACAAAAACCAACGACAAAACCCCCAAAACAGACCAACCCAGACAAUGAGAAAGGAGGAACAGAGCAGCAACAAGGAGAAGAGCGAGUCCUCGGGCAGCGUGGCUGGCAGAGGGCUGGCUCAGCCUCGUGAGGCUGCGUUCCUCGCGCGAGGUGUCUGCGCUCCUCCGUGUGUGCCUUGCUCUCCACUUGUGCUUCACGUGUGGGCUUCGUAGUUGGGUGUCUUGGCCGAUGAAUGUGGGUUUUAUUUGUAACGCAGCAAACCAAACGUUGUCUCGUGGGUUCGUUCACCCCAGAGACUUUUUCCUUUUUUUCCAUUCUCUAUUUCAAGCAUUGGGGAGGGAAGAAAAAUUACAUCAGAGACAGGUCUUAUGUUUUAUUUAAUGCACAGGUAAAGCACUUCUGUAUACCAGGACACAUCCUGUUCCUGUUGGAGCUGGCAGAAAAAUUCCUGUGGAUAUCAGUUAAAUGAGGAUGGGGUCUUCCUUUUGGAGUGAGCACUGUCACUCUAUGCCUUUCUUUCCUUUUCCCUGCUGUUCUUAUCCCUCAGUUUUGCACAGUGUAAAUCCUGCCGGCACCGAUGGCUUCAGUCGGGGCAGUCUUGUGAAACAGAAAAACCACAUGAUAUUCUCUGUAAUGUGUGAUGAGCUUCUGAAGGUGGUGGAGAUCUGGAGCACUGGGAUACGCUGUUACAUGGAAAGGCUUUAAUGCACCAAGUGUGCUCUCCCUGGAGAGCUGGGAUUGCACCCGGUCCCGUGUGCAGGGACCUGCUUCUCAAAGGGGAAAAGUGGUGGGUUUAUUUUAUUUAAGGGCGACUUGCUUUCCCUCACUCAUUUCUUAGCUCUUUGAAAAUUAUGUACCUGAUGCUUUUAAACUUUAAUAUCCUGAUAAAUGACCCAAACUUGGGAGAGCUCCUCAAGAUGGAAGAUGUUGGUGGAGGGUUUCUAGACUAAGGAAGGCUACAGAACACAAAUGAGAUCGAAACUUGAUCUUUUGGUUUUUUAAGGCUUUAAUUUUUAAUUUUACUUUAAGACUGUAAUUUUUAUGCACCUGCUGAUGCUGCUAUUUUAUCCAUAGAUUGCUUCUAAACUUGGGAUUAGAAGCUUCAUCUCUACAGUCUGACAACAGAAGAGAGAUUGCACUUAAAAGGGCAAAUGCAGCUAUUUCAGUAGCUGGUGACUGUACGGACUGUGUUUAAUCAGGAAUUUCACUCUUGCACUGGGAGAGUAAAAACCAGUGACAUCAAUCCAUCAAAAUACAAGUCAAUAUUUUCCCUUGAGCUUUAUGGAGUCUGAACAUGCCUCUGGGAAGCCAAUAGGAUUGGAUUUUUAUUUUAUAGUACUUAAAUAAAGGGCACAAUUAAAUUUGGUUCCUACAUAAUCAUCUUACUGUCUUUUUUUAGGUUAAUCCUGAGGGUUUUGUACUUUGUCCCCUAAUUUUGUGUAUGAGGAUUGUUGGUAGCGACUGGUGUACUGGUGUUCCCAUUCUGUUUACUGCAGUCUAGUUUGGUGAUUCCCAACGUUUUCCUAACUGGGCUUUGCUGCUGGUGCCUUCUGCUCCCCGUCCCCAUCCUGUGUUUCCCCUCACUGGUCUUCAACCACCUUGGUGGGAUGUCCAGAAGCAGUCACCAGCCUGGGCUCUCCCCCAUGUCUUGCCUGUAAAUAUUGGCAAAUCGGGACAUAGCAUUGCAGCUAAUGUGUCUUAUUAAGAUGACCUUUAAUUUUUAAAGCAGGCAAAGGGAUUAUCUCCUGCAAAGGUUACUGCUCUGGGCCUCUGCUCUGCAUCGCUCACAUCCAGAUGGUACAUCCUGCCCACGUUUGUGUGUCUGCCUCCAUCACCUGUGCUCAGCAUCCUCCCAGGGCUUGUGGUUCUGCUUUGGCUGCCCACCACGAUGCAUCCCAUGGGUUGGUGAGCUCCAGCAUGUGCUCGAACCCUGCUGCCUUGUAAUGAAGACUUAACCACCUGGUGAAAGGGAGUGAAAAUGGAGAUGGGGUCUUGGUGAGGAUGAGAGCAUAAGAGGUUCUGCAAAGCAGGAGGAGGGACUGGCCAGGAGGAAGCGCUGCCUGCGGAGCAGAUGGUCUCUGGAUGCAAACAGGUCUGUGCUGGGGAUGAAGUGUUGAGGUGCCACCAUGUCCUGCUGCACACCAGGGGCUGAGCUGGGCAGCCCCAGGGAAAUGGUGGGGCCAAACUCUCCUCCCGUUUGCAGAAAAAUGGUGGAAAAAUGUCUCUCCAACUGAUGUCCCCAGGGCUGGCCAUGGUGGAGCUCUGCUGCAGCAGGGCUGGGCUGCCAGCAGUGGGGAGGACAGCUGUGAUGCCAGGUGAGCCCCUGGACUGCACAGAGGGAUGGUCUUGGGAAAAGGACAUGUCUUGGGAAGUCACUUUACCCCUGGGGAAAAAAGGGAGUACCACUAAUCCUGAUGCCCGUGGCUCUCCUGAGCUCUAAGCAGUACUUGGGUGGUGCUCAAAGAGCUCUAAGGCUGCAAACGUGGGGUUAGUUACUGUGUAUUUAAUAUGUGAUAAGAAUAAUUUUGGGAUGGAGAGAUGCUUUACCAGUUGUUGGGGUUAUUCUAGUAAUGCCCAAGGGGGUAGGAGCUAUCGGGGCAAGGUUGCAGGAAAGCUGUUCUCAGCAUCAAUUAAUGUGACCAAACAAAUGAUCAAUUACAAAUUAGCUCUAUGUCAUGUUCCUUUAGCGAUAGCUGGAGCAUGGCUUCAGUUCUGGAGGGGAAUGGGGGAAGUGGCUGCUUUUUAUAGUUAUCUCAAAAUCUACUUUGAAAAAAAUUGCCCUUUCUGCUGAAAAAAAUACUUCUGGAGCUGUUUCCACAGGUCCAGGGAGCAACCAGAGUUGUACAGCUGAGCUUUGGUCAUACCUUGUCUCUCCAAUAAAUCUCCCAGCCUUGUGGGUCCCUCCUUUAUGCCACCAGAACCCAUCUGUAUUGUCUUGCAGACAGCAGCCUGGAAACGUGCAUGAAAUGGAAUGGAAAAGGUGCGCUAGCAUUGAGAAAACCACUGGGAUGUGUUCAGAGGCUUGGCAGGACUUCUUCAAAAAUGCACUCUACUGUUGCCAGACUUGCAGGGGGAAGCUGGUGGGGAGCAAUCUUAUGUUCCUCCAGCCCAGCUCUGAAGCCAUCAGCAGCACUGUGCCAGGGGCUGGAGGAGGUUUUUCCUCCAUUUUUGUGUUGUGUGGUUGGGAGAGCUCAUUUGCACUCUGUGGCUCAGUGCUUUUCCUCUUGUAUCUUGCCCAAGAAAGCCAGGAGCUUCAUCCCACCAGCCAUGGGUGCCACCUCUCUCUAAGGGUCCCGUCUGCCCUCGCUGGUGCUGAGCCCCUCAUCCCCCCCCGAGCUGCAGUGAGUGACAUCCCGUAGCUGGUGCUUUGGGCUUCCUUAAGGGAAGAGCACAGAGAGAGGUGUGAGGAGCUGUACCACCAUUGCAGGUUGUUCUUUGAUGGUGCAGUCCAUGCAAGAGGUUCAAAGCCAGCGCAGUGGGGAUUGUUGUCUCUGGGCAGCCUGGCUCUGCCAGUUAAACAGCUCAUUUACGGGCUUGGACACCUUCACUGGUGAUUUCCAAGCACAGAGCCCACAUCUUCAGUGGUUUGCUACCUGCUCAGUGUUGGUGUUCUGCUACAAUAAAAGAAGGUCCUUCUUGGGGACGGGUGAUCUCACCUCUGUGUGGGAUGGCGGUGGCGGGAAGGGCUCCUUUCUGCCAGAGGGAAGAAGCAGAUAGUGAGGGUUUUGUCUAUCUGGAACUUUGGGUACCAAACUUCUCCACUCCACCAGGGCAGGUUUACGGAGGUGUUUGCUGGGCAAAGCAGGGAAAGGGAUUUCUUUUCUGGCCCAGAGCCUCCUGCAACAGCCUGUGCUCUGAUGGGUCCCUCCCAACCUGAGUUAACCUGGAUUAUCCCGUGACCCUGUUGCAGACCCCUGGGGAAGGAGAGGAGCUCCAGAGCUGGUUGCUGCCUUGCACCUUCCCUUCCCUGCAGGAAAGCUGUGUCUGCUCAGCGUUGCUGCUGGUGAUGCCCAGGCCCUCAGUCAGUAACCACAAGCCAUCAAGUCCAAGCGUUCCAAAAAAAAAAAAAAUUAGUGUAAAUUCAAGACAAAAUAAAUCGCAACUUCUGGGGAUAUAAUUUGGAUCCUCUGUGCCGUAAUUUUGCUGCUGUUUCUGAUUUAUAGGCCUGUUCUGUUAUUAUUUAAGUCUCUUGUUAUACUUGAUGUUAAAUAUGUGUACUCUGCUAUAACUCAAGCAUGAUGUAUAUGCACUCAGUACCGUAAUGGCGCGUGGCCGUUACCCUGUAAAUAUGUACCAUGAAUAGAGAUGCUAUUUUUUGCAUGCUUUUGUACUCUAGAACUGAAGAGAAAAAUGACAAUAAAGUCUACAGAAAUGA